GGUGCCCCAGCUGCCUUCCCAGCACUACCUUCUGCCAGGCAUGGCCGGGUACUCUGGUAUGCCCCAUCUGGGUGUGAUGGGCCCAGGAAUGAACGGCAUGGCAGGAAGUCCUGGUACUGGAAACCAUUAUGGCAUGCAGAUGGGUGGAUAUGGGCCAGGACAAGCUCCACCACCAUAUCCAGGUCAAGGUCAACCAGGCCAGCAGCAGCCAGCUCCGCCUAUUUUUGUUGCCCCACCUCCAAAACCUCAGCGUCUUCUGCAUUCAGAAGCUUAUUUGAAGUACAUUGAGGGCCUCAGUGCUGAAUCCUCCACUAUUAGCAAGUGGGACCAGAGCCUUAAGGGUAAAGAUGAUUUGCAUGUGAAUUGCAUAUGAGAGUUGUUU